AUGGUUGUUUGUUUCUAUAAAAUUUCCGACCAAAUAGUAAAUUUUUGCAAAAACCAAACUUGCGGCCCAAGUUGAUGACACGCAUCUUGUAAUAAAUAAAUUAAAUAAUUAAUAACGAAAAAGGAGAGAGAAAGAGAAAGAAAAAUGUACUAGUAUGUGAGUAAGGGCAUAGCAUAGCAUAGCAGCUUAACCUCAGUAUACAACACAACAUAGUUUGUCUCUCUGUUUGUCCUGUCUGUCCCAAUUUAUUUGGAAAAAGUCUCUCCCUUUCACGCCGCCGCCACCACCACCCUUCUCCGACGAUCCUUCUUCUAUGGUUCCACAACCCCCUUACUAAACCAACAAUAUGCAGAAUAUGUUAAGAUCAAAGCCAAUUAGUAACCUUUCUAGCAGUGCUCGGAGCUUUUUCCUUGGUGGUACGCGAUGUAAUGCACCAGAAGCCAAUUCGUGCACUUGCAAUGAUGACGAAACAUGCGUGUCAGUAAAACAACAGAGGAAGAAUGAAGUUUUACUUGCGCAGAAGCCAGCCUCUAUAGUAUCCAAAACUACAUCUCGGGUAGAAGGAACCUAUGUUUCAGUAAAACAGGCAAGUGGAACAGGUUCGCACAAGGUUGAGGGUGUUAAUCAAUCUGGCAGUGUACAACAAGUCAGGUCUACUUUACUUCCAUCAAGUAAAUCAGACACUGUAACAUAUUCUCGUGCGGCUGGUGAUAUUCAGAAUCAUGUUACACAACCAUCGCCUCAUGACGGUGAACAGUUUUAUAGGUCAGGUAUUGCGGCCGUCAAUUACAUUUCUGAUAUAGUUAAUUCUAAGAUUCCUGUAUCAGAUGGGAUGGGUAUACUAAACUCCUCUACAAAUUCUAUGGUUGAACCUCCCUCUGUCAUAUCCAGCAUCAGAUCUUCCAAUGUGAAACAAAUUAGAAAGGAGAGCUUUAUUGGUGUUCAUCCCAAACCACAUGUUUCUACUCAACCGGGGCCAUCAAACAAUACAAGUAAUUAUCAUGGUUCAAAGUGGAAAGGUGAUAAGUCAAAGAUAGGUAAAGGCUUUAAGCAUGCUGCUUCUUCUGGGAUGGAGAGGUCAGAGGUGGCUCCCAAUAUUCCUUUCAAUAAUCAUGACAGCAGACCCUUACCGCAGAGGACAAGAACUCAUUCAAAUCGAUUUGUCACUAAACUUGAUUCCAACAUACAAACUUCAAACUCACGAAUGUUGGGGUCGUUCAAGGAAAGCUUCAAUAAACAACACCCCAGGGAUAUGAAAUCAUCAGCAGGAAUUGCUUCAUCGAAAACACAAUAUACAAAGACAGGCCGCCGCGGUGUGGAAAUCGUUAAAGAUAUACUGCAACAUUUAAAGUGGGGUCCUGCUACAGAGGAGGCUCUUUAUAAUCUGAAUUAUUCGAUAGAUGCAUAUCAAGGCAACCAAGUCCUAAAGCAACUUAAUGACCAUUCAGUUGCUCUAAGCUUCUUUUACUGGUUAAAGCGACAACCGGGCUUCCGGCAUGAUAAUCACACUUACACAACCAUGGUUGGUAUCUUGGGGCGUGCAAGAGAGUUUGGUGCAAUGAACAAAUUUCUAGAACAGAUGGUCAAGGAUGGAUGCAAUCCUAAUACUACAACAUAUAAUCGUGUAAUUAACAGCUAUGGCAAGGCAAACUACCUAAAGGAAGCGAUGAAUGUCUUCAAUCAAAUGCAGGAGGAGGGAUGUGUGCCUGAUCGUGCCACUUACUGCACUCUCAUGGAUAUCCAUGCAAAAGCUGGAUUUCUUGAUGUGGCCAUGUCCAUGUAUGAAAGAAUGCAACAAGUUGGCCUUCCUCUCGACACUUUUACUUACAGUGUGAUGAUCAACUGUUUGGGAAAAUCUGGUAAUUUAGCUGCUGCUGACAGACUAUUUUGUGAAAUGGUUGAUCAGGGCUGUGUUCCCACUAUCGUCACCUACAAUAUCUUGAUUGCUUUGCAAGCUAAAGCAAGGAAUUAUGAGACAGCAUUGAAAUUAUAUCGUGACAUGCAGCAGAUUGCAGGAUUUAAACCCGACAAAGUUACAUAUAGCAUUGUAAUGGAGGUGCUUGGUCACUGUGGGUAUCUUGAGGAAGCAGAAGCAGUUUUUGUUGAGAUGAAGCAGAGGAAUUGGGUUCCAGAUGAACCUGUUUACGGUCUUCUGGUAGACUUAUGGGGAAAGAAAGGUAAUGUUGAGAAGGCUUGGGAAUGGUACGCAGAAAUGCUCGGUGCAGGUUUGCUUCCAAAUGUACCAACUUGCAAUUCACUCCUCAGUGCAUUUCUUAGGGUGCAUCGAUUGCCAGAUGCGUAUAAUCUUCUCCAAAGCAUGGUAUCUCUUGGCCUAAGACCUUCUUUGCAGACAUAUACUUUGCUUCUCAGCUGUUGUACAGAUGCACAAUCACAUUAUGAUAUGGGAUUUUGUUGUGAGCUGAUGAAAGUCAGCGGCCAUCCUGCUCAUUCAUUUUUACUGUCAAUGCCAGCAGCAGGGCCUGAUGGUCAAAAUGUGAGGGAUCAUGCAAGCAAAUUCUUGGACCUGAUGCAUUCAGAGGAUAGAGAGGGUAAACGAGGGCUUGUAGAUGCAGUGGUGGAUUUUCUUCACAAAUCUGGGCUCAAAGAGGAGGCCGGUUCAGUUUGGGAGGUGGCUGCACAAAGAAAUGUAUAUCCUGAUGCUGUGAAAGAGAAAGGCACCUGUUAUUGGCUUAUAAAUCUUCAUGUCAUGUCUGAUGGAACCGCCGUGACCGCAUUGUCUAGGACACUUGCUUGGUUUCGCAAACAGAUGCUGAUAUCUGGUGUUAGCCCUACCCGGAUAGAUAUCGUGACUGGAUGGGGCCGAAGGAGCAGGGUGACAGGUUCUUCACUUGUUAGACAGUCGGUGCAUGAACUGUUGCAAAUAUUCAGUUUCCCCUUUUUCACUGAAAAUGGAAAUACAGGUUGUUUUGUGGGUUGUGGAGAGCCUCUUGGUCAGUGGUUGCUCCACCCUUCCGUCGAAAGAAUGCAUUUAAUUUAGUUAUUUGCUUGCUUGUUUACACCCCAAUUUUGCUGUGUUGGACUGUCAUUCUAGCAUUUAACUAUUUGAUUUAUCACAGUACCCAUUAUUUAUCUAUUAUUAUUCUUCCAAGUUUAUGUAAUUUUUGAAUGGUAUAAUCUUAAUGAUUCAUUUCAAUGUUUGUUUCA